AUGGCUCAUUUUGUUGCAUGCAAUAAAACUGAUGAUGCAUCUCAUGUUGCUGCAUUGUUCUUUAAAGAUGUCAUUAGAUUGCAUGGCAUGCCGCGCACCAUUGUUUCUGAUCGUGACACUAAGUUCCUUAGUUACUUUUGGAAAACCUUGUGGUCUAAGUUAGGGACUAAGCUUUUAUUUUCCACCACUUGUCAUCCCCAAACUGAUGGUCAAACUGAGGUUGUAAACCGGACUUUAGGAACCUUGUUGCGUGUGCUGCUUAAAAAGAAUCUUAAGAAUUGGGAUGAUUGCUUGCCUCAUAUAGAAUUUGCUUAUAAUCAUUCUGUGCAUUCAGCAUCUAAGUUCUCUCCUUUUGAAAUUGUUUAUGGGUUUAAACCCCUGUCACCUUUGGAUUUAAUGCCUCUGCCUUUGAGUGAAAGGUUGAGUACAGAUGGACAGAAGAGAGCUGAGAUGGUGAAGAAGAUACAUGAGCAGGCAAAGAAAAACAUUGAGGAAAAGACAAGGCAGUAUGCCAAGAAAGCCAACAAGGGACGGCGCGAAUUAAUCUUUGAGGCUGGAGAUCAAGUUUGGAUUCAUCUUCGCAAAGAAAGAUUCCCAGCCGAGCGCAAGUCCAAGCUAUGCCGCGCAUUGAUGGCCCUUUCACAGUCACCAAGCGAAUCAACAAUAACUCUUAUAGAGUUGAUCUCCAAGGUAAAUGAACCAGAUUUGAGGUCAAAUCCUUUUCAAGAGGGAGGGGAUGAUGCGAUCAUGGACAAGGAGGUUCAGGAAACACAGCUUUUGGCCGAGGAAGGAAGAUGGAAUGGAGCAGCUUGUGCCGAGGAGGGACUUGAAGCAGAGCAGCUUGUACCUGAGGAGAGUUUAGCCAUUCCAACUGGCCCAAUCACUCGUUCAAGAACUAAGGCACUAAACCAAGCAAUUGGCAAAGUCCUUAGC